CUGAUUUCCUGCGUUUUCAAAAAUCUCCUCGCUGGCAUAGACUGGGCUGUGUGAAGUUUUAAAACAGAUUUUCUGCGUGUUUCUCGGCUCUAAAGCUGAACCAUCUGUCGUUAUGGACCCUUCGGUCUUUCUGGCAUUGUCUCGUAACGUUUCAUCGCUUCAUGAAUAUGGUUUAUGAAGCGUUUUAAGGAAGGAUGAAUAAUUAUAUUUUCAUCAGGGUCGUCGGGAAAGGCAGCUACGGAGAGGUGAACUUGGUGAAACACAAAACAGACCGAAAACAGUAUGUUAUUAAGAAGCUGAAUUUAACCACCUCCUCCAAACGGGAACGUCGAGCUGCAGAGCAGGAAGCGCAGCUCCUAUCCCAGCUGCGACAUCCUAACAUUGUGACAUACAGGGAGUCUUGGGAAGGAGAUGACUGCCAGCUGUACAUAGUGAUGGGUUUCUGCGAGGGUGGUGACCUUUAUCAUCGACUUAAACAGCAAAAGGGCGAACUAUUACCUGAGAGGCAGGUUGUGGAGUGGUUUGUUCAAAUAGCCAUGGCACUCCAGUACUUGCAUGAGAGAAAUAUUCUUCACCGGGACCUUAAAACACAGAACAUCUUCCUGACAAAGACCAACAUCAUUAAAGUCGGGGAUCUUGGAAUCGCACGGGUGUUGGAGAACCAGAAUGAUAUGGCCAGCACACUCAUAGGGACUCCAUACUAUAUGAGUCCAGAGCUCUUCUCUAACAAACCUUAUAACCACAAGUCAGAUGUAUGGGCCUUGGGCUGCUGUGUGUAUGAAAUGGCCACACUGAAGCAUGCUUUCAAUGCCAAGGAUAUGAACUCACUAGUCUACCGCAUUGUGGAAGGAAAGCUACCACAGAUGCCCAGCAGGUAUGAUCCCCAAUUGGGAGAGUUGAUCAAAAGCAUGCUGUGUAAGAGACCUGAGGACAGGCCUGAUGUCAAACUCAUCCUCCGGCAGCCCUAUAUCAAAAGACAAAUCGCCAUGUUCCUGGAGGCCACUAAAGAAAAAACUGCCAAGUCAAAAAAGAAAGCUGUGGGAGGUGGUGAUUGUAAAGGCUUUAGUGCACUGUCUCCUGUGACAGCAUCUCAGCCUAAACUUGAAAAAGGUCCCCAGCAUGAACCUCUGGCCAAGGUGAAAAAGAAAGAAGAGAAAACCCGACAUCAUAAACUGAAGAAUGGCAUCACAGACUGCACCCCUGUGCUAACACCUCUAUCACCAAACCCCCCCUCACCCAAUGCUCUUAAAGCCAGCAUUGUUUCAAUGGCAACAGUCAGCAAUAUCAAUAUUGAUAUCCAACACCGGGAAGAAGAUCUGGUGAAAAGACAGGCACAGGGGCCUCAGUCUGUUACUUCACCAUGUCAGACAGGUAAUGAACCUGUGUCUCGCAGUACCCACAGUGAUCACAAGGUAAGAGGGAAACCAGAUCCCUCUCCCCAUCUAUCCCUCGAUAACCCCCCCCUGAAGUCUGUAUCAGGUGCUGGCAGUAAGGGAAAAGAGAGAAGGUCUGCCAGUGAGUUGUUCGACAUUCUUCCAAAGGACAAACCAAACCCAGGGGAAACAUUCUCUGUCUGUGCGAAGAGGCUAAUGUCCCCUGUGGAUGAUAAGAAUGACACCAUGGAGUUACUCAAAGAGGCUGGCAUGCAGGACCCAGAGCUUAAAGUGGAGAAGGAGCCGGCUCUUAAUACCCCUGAGAGGAGAAAAUCUGAUAUAGAAAAUAUUGGAAUGAUUGUGGAGGUGAAUACAGAUGAUAAAAAUGACACUGUUGCACUUCUCAAGGGAGCUCCAACACAAGACCAUACCUCAGACAUCCAAGAAAUCCUAGAAUCUACUGAAAAGCUCUUAGAGCCUUUUCAUCCAACACUGGAGCCUCUUCAGGAGGAAUCUCCCUUACCAGACAGUCGGACAGUUCUGACCUCUCCAGGCCAGACUCCUCUGUACCUUUCAUCAGAAUCUUCUGUAUCCAAGCAGCACAGAGGAGGGGAUGUAAGACGGACACAUGGAGAGCAGGACAUGUCUAAGGUGGCUGCUCCUAGACCUUUACCUCCACCUCCUGUUGUGAGCUCAGCUGUAGAGGGGAGGAAGAGGAAUAAGAGGAGCACAGAGAGCAAGAAAGCUGGUGGAGACGCAGCCUCCACAUUAGUGAAUUCCUGUAAGGAUGGAUUCUUACCCCCGCCAAGGGACCGUCCUCUAUCUGCAAGAGAAAGGCGAAGACUGAGGCAGUCCCAGGAGACUUCCUUCCAACCAGGUGUUGAUGUUGUUAGGAGGGCAUCAUAUGAUGUAACUUCUACCAAGGAUGAAAACUACAACAACCCAGUUUCUACAUCUGCUUCAGAUAUUUUCACAGAGACCAAAGGAAAGCAGGAUAAGUUGCACGAGCAAAGGUCAGAUGAAGAUGAGUGCAGCUCAUCCACAAGUUCCACAGAGCGCUCAGAGGGAGACUGCAGAGAAAGAAAAAACGAAUCCACUGACAUGCAGGACUUGGUCCACAUGAUGACCCAGACUUUGAGAAUGGAUAUCAGAGAUGGGACCACUGGGUCGGAAAAUGGUAGAUUGGGCUCCACUGCACUUCCAGAAUUCAAACUGAAUAGAAAGUACAGAGACACCCUGAUGCUUCAUGGGAAAUCGAGGGAGGAAGGAGAGAACCUGUCACUUGGUGAAAUACCAGCAGGCUCCACAUCGGGUCCUGCCAAGAUAAGGAGAGCCAUAGAGAACCUGAGGACUGAUGUGGUAAAGGGCCUCGGGGUCAAGCUGCUGGACAGAGCUCUGGAGAUAAUGGAGGAGGAGGAUGACACCAAACGAGAACUGUGCCUUCGUGAUCAGAUGGGGGAUGAGAAGUACAAUACUUACGCUGUGAUGGUGAGGCAGCUGAAAUUCUUUGAGGAUAUUGCCUUCAAGGUGUAGGGGAAAUCUUGCAUAUUUAGGGGCUUUCUUAUGACAUUUCUUGUGGGGAUGUGUUCACAUGAGGCAGGUGUCUGGACAGAUCUUGCAUUAAAACAGGAAACUUUCUCUUCAUGAGAAACAUUUUUCCUUUUAAAUACAAAAGCCUGCUGAAGUCAUUCAGAAUGUUCACACAGUGCUGUUUUAAUUCUCUUCUGCUUAUACACCAAUUUUCAUGUGUACAUCAAGUUUUGUAAAUAAAUUUUUUUUUUUGUAUCUCAUUAAAUCUGAAUUUGUAAUAACAUGCAAACUGUAAUGAAGCCUAUGCAAAGAUCCUUAGAUUUGUUAACACUCCUGUUUUUUCGUAUAUUAAUAGUCCUUUCUAUAUUUAUGAUGUGAGUCAGAUUUUCACUAAUUAUUUGCUGUAUCUUUGAAGACAAUAGAUCUUGCUUAUGUUGCUGUAUUUUAUUCCUACUCUUGAAAUGUGAUGAGUUGUAGAUAUAAACAUUAGAAUUUUCUAAUAAAUUGUAAAUAUUA